AUGUCGCAAAAUCUAAGUUACCUACAAUCUCAACUCAACAAUAGAAAGUCCCACUCUGAAAAAAUCUCUUCAAGCUUGAAUAAGCCUUCUCGUCAUAAGGAUGAUUUCAUUAAGUCCAAUAGAGUCUUCGCAUACCAGCACGAGCUUGAUAAGCACGAAAGGCGGGAUAGAAUCAAUAAACGUCGUGAAGAUUUUGCACUCACUGAGGCCCAAGAUGAAGCUCGUAAACAAAAGAUGAAAGAAGGCAUCAAACGAUACAACGCACUCAAAGCCAACAAGGCUAAACCUACAUCUGAAGAGAAGGAUUUAUUACAAUUUGACGGUAAUCUGACAUCCGACUCUUCUGAUUACGAUUCAGACGAUCAUAAUCUGGAUGCACUCACUGAAGCUGAGGAUGAACUAGGUAGAACCGUCUUAGUCUCUAGAAGACAGAAAGAGAUACUCAAUCCGUUAUCAAACAAGCACUACAGAGUCAAAGGGACAGCCAUAUAUGGUGAUAAAUUAAGUACGGAUUGGAACGUAUAUGAGCAAAGUCCUGAAGAGAUUGAACGGUUCAAAGCUCACUAUUCAGAUAAGGGUUACAUACGCGAUCCAACAAAAGAUAAAGAUCAGCGUCAUAAAGGAGCUUCCUUCUAUAAAUUUGGUGAUGAUUCAAUUAAACAGCAACAAAUCAAUGACUUAAAAGCCAGUCACCAUGAAACUAUCAUCAAGAGAGAUCAAGCCGCGUAUUCAUACAGAAAUGCCCGUAUGAUGCUCGUAAAACAAUAUCAACCGAAUAGGAUAAUAGGCAGAAAUCGGGCGGACAAUCUGAUUGAUGAAGCUAUAAACACAUCGUAG